AUGAUGGCUUCCCGUCACGAUCAGGGGCGCCUCCACGUCCCUGCGCAUGUUCUCGCUUUAGCAGACCCCGAACCUCUCGAUCGCAUCCUGGACACGAACCUUGGGCGUCACAGUCUUACUCCGUGGGGCCGCACGGAUGAGCCUUACAAUGGCGAGAAUGUAAUUGACCCCUUCAUGUCAAUCGCGAUUCGUCGUAAAGUCUUUGUGUGUCAGCCAUGCUAUCAAGAGCAUCAUGAACGGAAAGAAGUGGCGCCCUGCUCCUGUACAUUCCGCAAGCGAUUCCUCGACCGUUGGAUGUGCAUUCCAUGCCAUGUGAAGGAGGUGCAUAGAAUUGAACGCAACAGCACCGACCAGCUCGAACUCGAUGAGAACAAAAUCUACUACGAAUCGUUCACCUGCCUAUGCGGCUCCAAACUCUCAUUACACGGCGAUAGGGAGUCUAUAUGUGCGUGGUGUGACGGCUGUAUCAAUAUACACGACCAUGAAGACACGAAUGAGGAGAUCGAUAGGGACUUCAAAAACAACGAUGACGACGACAGCAAUGCUGGCCCUGUUCCCGAAGAUGCCACGCCAGGCGCUCUGACUCCGGUCGACAACAAAGAUGGCACGAUGGCAGUAUACUACGAUGGCACACGAAUAAGUGGUGAGCGAAUCGGCCGAAAUAUGGUCCAGUUGAGGGCGAUCCAGAAGGGAAUCAAGCUUCCUUGCUCUUGCUGCGAUUGUCCUGCUUUGCGAUGCGCUUAUCGUGAUCAUGACCACGACCAGGACCACGACAGCCAUGUGGACGCAGACGGAAACGAGUCAUCGAUGGGGAGCAACGAGGAUGAUGAUGAGGGUAGAUGUGAUGGCCUUGGAGAUGUAAUGCCGGGCAUGAUCGAGUUCGAUGAGGACAAGGAGCCGGACGAACUGGAGGAGGUGGAGGAGGAAUAA